AUGCAAGAUCUGAGAACUAGGGUUAAAGACGUCAUGCAAGCAAUGAAAGGGAAGGGCCAGGCCACAGUGAACGAUCUGCAGAAGGGAAAGCCUCUCCGUGGUUACAUAAGUCGUUUCAACGCUGAUAUGCUGCAGGUAGAAGAGGUGGACGACAAGGUUGCCCUCACAGCCUUUAUGGGAGGACUACAGACUUCUAAGUUCCUAUUUUCCUUAUCAAAAGAAGCCCCUACAAGCAUGACAAAGUUGAUGGUUAGAGCAUGGAAGCACAUGAACGCUGAGAAUGCUAUGAAUGCACGAAAAAACAAAGGUGGUGAAGAUAAGAGGUCGGAGAAGAAGAGGCCAGCACCUAACAUUAGGGAGGAAAAGGAAUCAAAGUACAAGAAAUUCUCAAACAACCAGGCUGACAGAUCGUCUCGCCGCCAAAUUCAAGAUGACGCAUCAUUGAAAUGGCCGCCAAAGCUAAAAGCUGAUCCAACAAAGAGGUCUCUAGGUAAAUACUGUAGGUUUCACCGGGACCAUGGACAUAACACAAAAGAUUGUUUCGACCUCAAAAACCAAAUCGAGAACCUUGUUCGUAAAGGUCAUUUACGCAAAUUCACAACUGGAAAUGGAAAAGGAGGCUCCAACCCAGCCCGGGAGGGCCGAGAUAAUCGCCCUCCUCAACACCAACCAAUGGGUGAGAUCAAAGUUAUAUCGGGUGGCUUCGCUAGUGGUGGUGAGACGAGUUCGGCUCGGAGGGCUCAUGCUAGGAGUAUUUAG